AUGCCAUACGAUCAAAAGAAUUUGGAUGAUGCAGUGACCGCGGUGCGAACCCGGUUGAUGGGAUAUAAAAAAGCAAGCAAAGUGUUUGGAGUCCCUAAAACAACUAUCAUCGACCACGUUUGCGGCCGAUAUGCAAGUGGUUCGAGGCUUGGAAGACCGCCUGUUCUGCCACCAAAGAUUGAAGAAGCUCUGGUAAAGAAGGUCAUAGAAGCUGCCAACAAAGGUUUCGGCAUCAGCAAAAAACAACUGCUGCUUAAAGUGUUCCGCCUUUGUACAUCUUUGAAAAUUAAGACCCCUUUUAAAAAUGGUUGCCCCGGGGAUGAUUGGUGGCAGGGUUUUAAAAUGUGCCACCCAGAGCUUGUACUUAGAAAGCCCGAGAAGUUGACAACUUCUCCUGCUAGAAUGCUUAACCGCCCUGUUGUUGAAAAAUAUUUUGAUGAGCUAAGUACUGUCAUGAAUACUCUUGACAUUACAAAAAAGCCCCAUCUCAUUUGGAAUUUAGAUGAGACUGGAAAACAGUUCGAGCACACCCCAGUACACAUAUGUUCAGCAAAAGGGAAACGUAAUGUAACGAGCAGGGUUUCAAACUCUAGGGAGAAUAUUACUGUGUUAGCAUGCGUAAAUGCAUGUGGUCAGGCAAUGCCUCCCAUGUGUGUUUGCAAGGGGAAAACCGAAACAUCACUCCGUCCUUUUGCCACUCUUGAUGCUCCAGAGGGGACUUUUUGGACUUAUCAAGAGAGGGCGUGGAUGUGUGAUGUCAUUGGGGAGGAAUGGUUCCGGGAAGUAUUUCUCAAGCACUGUGGCCCUGAGCAGCCACAGCUCUUGAUCCUUGACACCCAUAGUUCCCAUGAGCCUGCAGUGUACCUGUAUCAGGUCAUAGGUCAUUCUUUUCAAUCAGAAUGUAUCCCUACACCCUGUGACAGCCUCACUUUGAGUAUUAAGGCUAACUGA